CUGGUUUGGCGAUUGUUUCGGGUUGUUGUUGUGAUCUGCCAUGAUGAGAAUGGGAAGCUGAUUGAUUGACUGACUGAUUGAGCAGCUUGAGAAACCAGGAUGGAGACUGUUGUCGGACUGUGAUACAUAUGUAGUGGCACCCGUGGCGGAGAUGAGUUGGUCUGGUUCUUCUCAUCGGAGUAGGGUGUAAUAAGGUGUUCCGGUUUGUUGGUGAGGAUGUUGGCAGUCUGUCUGAUGAGACGGUCAGAAGGACUUGCUUGUAAAUAUUUAAACCCAAGAAAAGCCCAACACAAACAUUCCCCCAGUAUUUACAAAAACCACCAACCAUGUCUCGGACUAACACCAUCCAUCUCAACCACAGGCCAUCAACUAACACCAAGCGGGCAUUCGCACCAGCCACGCCCAAGUGUCCGGCCUGUCUCAAAGCAGUCUAUGCCGCCGAACAGGCCUUAGGACCGGGCGCGACGCCAUACCACAAGAGCUGUCUCAGAUGCACCCACUGCAAGAAGGUCUUGGACCCCUUCAGCAUCCUCGAACACGGCUAUGACCCGUACUGCAAGAUAUGCCACUCCAAGGCAUUCGGCACCAAGGGCGUCGGCUUCGGGAAUGCCGUCGUCGGCGAAUACCCCACCUCGCCCAAGCUCCAAUCUAUCGUCUCGCCGACUAUUGCCUUUGGUAGUAGCUUAAGAGAAGAACGAGACUCGCCUUCUAAACCAGAUCUCCCCUUCGAACCUGUUCCUGAUCAUCAUCAUCAUGAGCCUAUUCAAGCCGAGCCCAAGCCGACCAACGAUCAAGAGGCCGACCAAGAAGACUUCGAACCUCCCUCGCUAUCCUCCCUCCAGAUCAUCGUCAAGCCGCGUCCGAAAACAAGCGAGACACCGGAAGAAGUGCUGCAUGAAGACCGCACGACGGUUUCCCGCUCAUCAUCCACCCUCCACUCGACCCGCCAGCUGAGCCUCAAACAAGAACACCCUCUCACCCCGCCGCCCAAGCCGAACACCUCCGCCCUGUCCUUCCCCGCCCGGGCAGCCUCCAGCUCGCCCUACAACUUGCGUCCAUCUCCGACGUUCCCUCGGCCCGGAUUCGGAGCCGACGGGCCCCAACGUUGUCCCGCUUGCACUCAGACCGUCUAUCAUGCCGAACAAGUACUCGCGAUCGGAAAGAAAUGGCACAAACGUUGUCUGAGAUGCACCGUAUGCUCUAAAGCGCUCGACUCCAACUUCAACGAACGUGCUGGGAAACCUUAUUGCACCAAAUGCUACGAUGUCCACUUCGGUACUGGCGCCCAUGGAUUCGUCCUCAGAGCCGGCUUUGCCGCUAAAUAAUUUCCUGAUCGUCUGUUCCCGCGAUCACUAGUCAGCUCGAGCUUUCAUCUCGAAUGCAUGAUGUUGGAUGGAUGCAGAUCGUUCGGUUCUUUCAUUUGUUUGUGUUGAUUAUUCUUAGCCAGCAAUUGGUGAAGAACUUCCUGUCCUGUACUGUUGUCUGCUCAUAUAAUCGUGUACUUUUUUUUUUUCCUUGUGAUGUACACUUUGAUAGCAACUUUGCUCAUACAUAUUCAAGCAUCUUUUGUCAUCUACUUUAUUUUUACUUCCUUUAUACCUCAUCAUCAUCAUCAUCAUCAUCAUUUUAUUUUAUUUUUGGUUGAUUUGGCUGAAUUCAUCUAUUGUAUGAACGUUUUCAUUCUUCUUUGAUUUGAUGUCCCAAUAAAAAAAACAUGACUAUUCCACAGAGCAUUGUUGUCUUAAAUUGAUGAGGUCUUGUUGUUGUUUGGCUGCA